UGGUUUUCCACGAAAUUUCAUUUUUUUAAAUUAUUAUUAUUGAAUAUCGCAUGUCAAUAUUUUUCGUGUAUAUAUAACGCUCGCUGAGAGACACUUAAAGUAUUUACAACUACAGCACAAUGAGAGCAGUACUUGCAGUGGGCGUCAUACUAGGCGUUGUCGCACCUCCAGCCGGCGGGCAGUUGUCAUCCACGACUGCUAUCUUCAUCGACGCUGGCCCAGCUGUUUGCGAUCCCGCAGAUUCGCACUUCACCAGUAACCCGUCAGAGUGUUCGACCUUCACCCGGGAAGUAGGUGGCGCUGUGCGCGAGUACAGAUGCGCAGCAGGCAUGGUCUACAACGCUGACAUCAGUAUGUGUGACUGGCCGGGUAAUAGUCCUACAUGUCAAGUUCCUUCUGAAAAUCCCCCGCUGUACGGCGCCGACCCCACUGAAUGCCUCAUGACGUGUCCUCAAACAAAUGAUGCCGUGUACCCCCUGUUUACCGCCACCCAGGUCAGAUGUGGCGAGUACUACGUCUGUCAAGGUGGACAACUCUUCAUCGGAAAUUGUUCCGAUAUUGGCACUGGAGAGUUCCCGUUCUUCGAUUCCACAACGAGGUCCUGCGUGAGCCAAUUGGAGACGAUUAAUAUCAACUGUCCUCCGGGCUCGGCCUAGUAAUGACGUGUCUCACUUCGGAUUGUCUUCAACAGUCAACUUUCUUCCUUGAAUUCAUGUUUACUUUAAAUUUGAAACAAAAUCGUAUAUAUUUGAUGAAUAUUUUAAUCUAACAAUACCUCCUUGAAAUCUGAAAAAUGAGCUGGUGAUAACAAAUCAGAAGAUUAAAAUGUUGUAUAUUUUCCUGACCGCGAGAACGGUUAUGAGUUUCUGGAAGAAACCUCUGGAAUACUUUCAUCCAAUAAAAAGGAAAUGUGUUA